CACGUCGAUCAUUGACAGGAAAAAACGCAAAGUAAUUAUUGAAGAGGAAAAAGCCGAAAGUUCUGCGAGAAAAUUUAAUAUUUUUUUAAGCACAUAAGACAACAUUAUAAACGCAAUGCCUAGUGGAAGUACAAAAAUGGUAAAGAAACUCACACCCUCUGAGGAUGAGAAAAAAGAACAGGCACAGUCUGAUUUAAAAAAAGAGCCCGUAAAAGAAGAUAAGGAACAAGAGCUUUCUGAUGAAGAUCAACAAUUGCAAGAAGAAUUGGAUUUGUUGGUGCAAGUUUUGCAGGAAUCGGAUGUUACCUUGUAUAUGUCCUCUUUGGAAAUGAUGGCAAAACUAAUCAGAGCUUCGACAACAUCAAUGACGUCAGUGCCAAAACCUUUAAAGUUCAUGCGUCCCCAUUAUGAAACAAUGAAGACUUUGUAUAAAAGAAUGCCAGAUGAGAAGACACGCCACAUGUGUGCUGACAUUAUAUCCGUUUUGUCUAUGACCAUGGGCAGUGGCAAAGAUUGCUUGGCUUAUCGUUUCUUGUGCGAUAGAUCACUAAAAAUCGGUGACUGGGGUCAUGAAUACGUUCGACAUUUGUCUGGAGAAAUAGCCUCUCAUUAUUUGGAAACUUCGGGUGAGUUUCAGACCCAACUCAUAGAACUUGUAAAGCAAAUUAUACCCUACAAUAUGGAACACAACGCUGAGGCCGACGCCUGCGAUUUAUUAAUAGAAAUCGAUCAUUUGCAUUUAUUGCAAGAUUACGUAGAUGAAUCUGCCUAUCCAAGGGUUUGCUUAUAUUUGCAGUCAUGUUAUCCAUAUGUUCCAGAGCCGGAUAAUACAAUAAUUUUAGAGACGGCUUUGCAGUUGUCGAUUAAAUUUAGUCAAUACACACAAGCUAUGCGCUUGGCUUUAAUGCUUAAUAAUGUGGAUAAAAUUACUGAAAUAUUUAAAGAGCCUAAAGAUGCAGCUGUUCAAAAACAGUUGGCUUUUAUGUUGGCACGACAGCAAAUAUGUUUGGAAUUGGAUGAAUCCUUUCCAGAUUAUGACGAUCUCGUUGAAAUCAUGUCAAAUGCUAACUUAAAUAAACAUUUUCUAAAUUUGGGACGCGAGUUAGAUAUAAUGGAACCUAAGACUCCUGAAGAUAUCUACAAAUCCCAUUUGGAUAACGCCCGAACACGUUUUGCGUCCAUACAGGUUGAUUCAGCGAAACAAAAUUUGGCCGCAAGUUUUGUUAACGGUUUUGUUAAUGCUGGCUUCGGGGUAGAUAAAUUGCUAUCUGAGGAUGGAAAUAAAUGGUUAUAUAAAAACAAGGAACAUGGGAUGUUAUCAGCUACAGCUUCACUUGGCCUCAUUCUGCUCUGGGAUGUUGAUGGCGGUCUAACUAUGAUUGAUAAGUAUUUGUAUUCCACUGAGGACUACAUCAAGUCGGGUGCUUUGCUUGCUUGUGGCAUAGUCAAUUGUGGUAUACGCAAUGAAGUUGAUCCUGCGCAUGCUUUGCUCUCGGAUUACAUUGACAAUCAAAACACUUCAAUGCGUAUCGGAGCUAUUUUGGGUUUGGGUAUUGCUUACGCCGGAUCUGAUCGAUCUAUUGUCAUCGAAACUCUUAAAUCGGUAUUCGCGUCUAAUGGUAAAACACCACCCAGUGUAGAAAUAAUGGGCAUUACAGCACUGUCCCUGGGUCUGAUUGGAGUGGGUACUUGUAACGCAGAAAUAACAGAGGUUUUGUUGCAAACCAUUAUGUUUCUGACGAAAACCGAUUUAAAAGAUACCUUCACACGAUUCCUAUUUCUGGGUCUGGGACUACUUUAUUUGGGCCGUCAGAAGGCCACCGAAGCAGUUAUGCUUACCUUGGAAGUAUUAGAUGAACCCUAUAAAUCAAUGGCCAUCACCAUGGUAGACAUAUGUGCCUACGCCGGUACUGGAAAUGUCCUGAAAAUUCAACAGCUUUUACAUAUUUGCUCUGAUCACUAUGAAACUAGCAAUUCCGAUAGUGAUAGUGAUAAAAAUAAGAAAGAUAAAAACAAGGAGAAGCAAGAUAAGGGUGAAAAGGAAAAGGAGAAAGAAAAGGAUCUAUCCUCUACGCAGGCUAUUGCCGUUCUGGGCAUUGCUUUGAUAGUCAUGGGCGAAGAUAUUGGUGCAGAGAUGGCCUUCCGUUCAUUUGGUAAUCUACUGCGUUAUUGCGAACCAUGUAUACGUCGAGCUGUGCCCUUGGCUUUAGGUUUGAUCUCAGCUUCAAAUCCUAAAUUAAAUAUCCUGGAUGCAUUGAGUAAAUUCUCUCAUGAUAGCGAUGCCGAAGUAGCUCACAAUGCCAUCUUCGCCAUGGGACUGGUCGGUGCUGGGACCAAUAACGCACGAUUAGCUGCUAUGUUGCGUCAAUUAGCGCAAUACCAUUCGAAAGAUCCAAGCAAUUUGUUUAUGGUGCGCAUUGCUCAGAGCUUGACUCAUUUAGGUAAAGGCACUCUAACGUUAAGCCCCUAUCAUAGUGAUAGGCAACUUAUGAAUCCUAUGGCUGUUGCUGGCUUAUUGGCAACUUUAGUUUCCUUAUUAGAUGUCAAGAAUUUGAUUUUGGGUCGCUCUCACUAUUUGCUCUAUUGCCUAGUGCCUGCCAUGCAGGCUCGCAUGCUAAUCACUUUCGAUGAAGAGCUCAAUCAACUACAGGUGCCAGUACGCGUUGGUAUGGCCAUAGAUGUUGUAGGUCAGGCUGGUAAGCCGAAAACGAUAACUGGAUUCCAAACACAUACUACGCCUGUGUUAUUGGCGAUGGGUGAACGAGCCGAAUUGGCCACCGACGAAUAUAUCUCAUUGACUCCUGUUAUGGAAGGUUUUGUCAUAUUAAAGAAAAAUCCAAAUUAUGUAAAGUGAAUACGAAAAAGAAAUCCAUGCAAGAGAAAUUUUCACCGUUAAGUUUAUAACAGAUUAACAAAUAAGUGCUUGUGUUCUAUAUCUGUCGAUGCAAAAAAAAAAAAAAGAAAAAAACCUUACAUAUAAAGUACUAAAAAGAAUUACGCGUUAUUUUAAUGAAUUUAUUGCUUUGCUGAGUGUAUUUAAAAAUUCUCGGUAGUUUCUCUGUAAUUAUAAGUAUGGGUAUCAUUACUUGAUAAAUAGGUUUAAUUAUCUGGCGAAUAAGAUGGAUUAGAUGUUUACUAUAAGUGUUAUGGUCGGUAUACCUGCCUUUGUGCAGAGAGGCUGCAAUGCAUGAAACUAAAUUAAAUCACGUUAACACGUAACGUUUUAGGUAUGUCGGUGUGUCCGCCUAUGGCAGUCUGAAUUACAACCAUCAAAUUUUGUCUGAAAUGAAUUAUUUUACCUUACAUGCACGUCUUUACUCUUUCCGUUAACCGAAUUUCAUUGGUUAAUAUACUUGGAAUAUAUUUAGAAAAAAUUUCUUUGUAAUAGAUUUUCAUACCAUCAUCGAAGGAUGAGGAAUAUAUUUAUUUUGUCAAAACGCGUGUGACUACCAAAAGUGAGCUUUAAAUGCCUAUUAAAAUAUAUACCUUCUUGACCAGUAACUAAUUUGACAAGCACCUAAGCGCGCUCGUUUGUCCAUCUAUCGGUCUACCCAACUGUUUCUUAUCUGAGGUAAACUGUGUUCUGUUCAUAAAACUGAAGAUGUCGUCUUCCAACCUGAGAAAGAAUUUGAAAAUGGCCCAAACUGGUCAAAAGACACCUCUACAGUGCAACAAAAACUGAAAACACUUUUCUAGCCGUAUUUCCUUGCUGGACACUCACAAAAAAA